GUUCGUGUUCGUUGAAGUGUUGUAAAUCUGGUUUCUGGUGUACGUAGUAGUACAUCGGCCACCCAACUAGCUGAGCAUCAGUGUAUCGAUAAUAACCUUCGCUUGCCCCAGUUUAUAUCUUUUGCUGUUCAUCUGUUCAUCUUUCAUACCUCUGUCAUUUCGCUUAACACGUGCCAUAUCGAUGUUCAAGUUCAUACGUCGUGUUUCAACUUCAUUUCUGCCGCGCCCAGAUCGGCCCUGGAGAGACGAUGCAACGUCCAAUGCACCCACGAUAGGCCGGAAGAGGUGCUUCAGCUUCGUUGAGGAUGCCGAUGAUGACACUGCUUCUACGAGUAUCAAGAAACUAAGGGGGGACUCCACGCAGGUUGAAGGUAGCAACCCUCCGAUACCAGCAGUCUCGGAUAAGGAGGGGGAGGAUGUUAAAUCAGUGACGCAAGGGGUGAAGGAUGUGGAAUUAGAUGAGAAAAAGUUGGAUUCAUCCUGCGGCCCUGAGGAAGUCCCGCUUCCAGAUUCUCCUGGUAGAACCCCUCAACUGGAUGUAACAUCAACAGAAGAAGCAGCUACGGUUCCGGAGGAGGAGGUUGAUAAGAAAGAUCCCCAAGAUGACUCGGAUGCGGAUUCGGUAGCUUCUUCGUUUAAGGUAAUUUUGGAUGAGGGGCAGCCUGAGGAUGAUUCAAAGGAUGAUGCCAAGACACUUUCUACCUCAGCCGUCGAGGAUGCACCUAUCACAGAAGAUACUUCUACUGCCGAUGAUACCCCAGCCGUCACAGAGACCGAUGCAUGACGCGGACCCUACCCUUGCUUUUGCAGUUUCCAUUACUCUAAUUAUCGAGAACAUGAGUACGUCUUCGGUGCAUAGAUCUAGUUGUUGAUGAAUAUGUGGAUGCAGGAUGGAUUGCACGCUGGCUGGUGCAGAAGAGGGUUAUACUAACGAUUUACGAUACUCACCCGACACUGUUUAUACGUACUGCUAAUUCCUGUUGUUUGCCAAAUAUAUCCAUCUAUUCGGGACUCAA